CUUCGCGACAAAUUUCUGGCUGGUCUGAUAGAGCUCUAUCAAGACCUGCAAAAUGAGUGUCCCACGCGCGAGGUUGUUGGACCUCAUGAAGGCCCAAUGCGAAGUCUUUGCGACAGUAUUUAACCCCGAGGGAGUGAGGACGGGCAACAAGAUCCUGCGCCAGCGAAUGAAGGGACCUGCUAUCGCCGACUACUACCCACGCAAGGUUGUGACCGUCAAGGAUGUGCAGAGGGAGUUUGGUCCUCAUGUCACAACCCUCGACUUGGAAGAGAUGGACCGCUUGGAACACAUUGCUGGACUGAAGGCCAGAGGAAAGAGCGCGCCGAAAAAGAAGAAGACGAAGACCGAGCCCAAGAAGCGAUAAACGUCGACCAAGAGAUCGAUUGUACGAUACGAUGUGCAUUCAUAGAGCGAUCCCCCGGAAUCUUGCGCGCCAGGACACUCUCCAUAUAUAGAGAGCGGCGAGACUUUGGUCAGUCCAGCUGCCGACCGAGGCAGCCCCGGCGGCUCUGUCAUAGUAUGCGAGUGUCUAGGGACCCUCAGGCACAGGCAUGGUAUAAAAAUACCGUAGAUUACGGCUUCAGCCGGCCAUGGGGAGGAUAUCCAUCAACAUGGAGGGCAGCCAGUGUACAAAUACAAUGGAGGAUAUCAGAG